GGUGCCUUUAUUUAAGAAGCAUUAAAAUUGUCAGUUUUUCCAUGCACUAAGUUAGCUCCGCCUGAGGUUGCUUAACGCUUUCGAGCGAGGUUCUCUCACGCACGACCUUUAUAUUUCUUGCUACGGAGUGUUAUCUUUUGCUACGAAUGCGUUAAUGCGUUAAUUGAACCCCGCAAUGCUUUCGCGUCUCAGUCUACCGCUACGGUGCUUUGCGCGCUCUUUGCGCUGUCACAGUGCACCUAGCAUAUCCUCAGCUCAUACUUCGAUAUGCAGUAGCGAGACUAUAAGCCGCGAGCCAUCGAACCGCAAGCUGGAACUGGAUGUUUUCCGGAGCAGCGGUAAUGCAGCUUGUGCGUGGGCUUGGAGAGAGUUGUUUCGCUCGACCGAAACAUGUCAGCUGACCAUUAAGAGAGGCUUUGCGGGAGCGGCUCGGCCGGGCAUUGAGAGGCGCAACACCCCUGGCCUUCGUGUCGAUGGCAGCGUUAUCCGUGACCUGCCUACGUUGUUGGCAAAGGCGGAGGUUCGAGCAAGGGCAUGGCACCCAUCAGAUCUGCAUGCCGCUUUCGACAUUGCCGUCAAGUUUCCAUGCCAAUGUGCCGAUGACGCAAAGCUUCUCCACCGUGUACUGGCCGUGCUCUCAGCCGCCUACCUGCCACACGUGCCCAACCUGGCCCAGCCCCAUCUCUGCGCCGUCCUACUGUGGGUGUGUGCCAAGGCGGAUUACUGGGAUCGCCAGCUGGUGACAGCGCUGCUAGGACGGCUGGCGUGGGAUGGUGGAAGGCUAUUGGUGCAGGCCGACGGGCAAGCACAUUUUAACCUGUGGUGGGCAUUGUCCAAGGCACCAGAGGAAGUAGUAACGGAAGCAGACGGGCUGCUACAUGCAAGCGCAAUCUUUAUCCGGAACAUGAGCGCCCAGCAGCUCGGCCCCCAGGCCUGCUCCAACAUCCUCCUGGCGUGUGCACGGCUGAAGCGUCGCCAGGAACCCCUGCUGCAGCACCUGGCCGCCUGUCUGGUGCAGCAGAGGCCUAACACCGACUGCCAGCACCUGGCUAACUCCCUGUAUGCACUGGCUGUGCUGGGGUGCUCAGGGGGAGAAUACGCUGCUGCUGUGCAGCAGUUGUGUUCCGAGGUGCACCGACGCCUUCUGGGACCAUCUGCUCGGACGUUUGUUCCUCAGGCGCUUUCCAACAUCCUGUGGGCUCUGGAGGGGCUGCGGCCAGAUGGGAGGGAGGGGCUCGUACAGGCCUUGGCAGCCGAGUGCAAGCGCCGCAGCUUUGCUGGCUUCAAUGCACAGGGUCUCAGCAAUGCUGCCUGGGCACUGGCUAAGAUGGGGUAUAGUGAAGCGUCCGCUUCCAUUGGGCACCAGCAGGACUGGUUCAAAGCCGCUGCCAUUGCAGCAUGUGCUCCUGGUGCCAUGAGUGGUGCCAGUGCCCAGGCUUGGUCCAGCCUGUGGUAUGCACUUGCACUUGUGCGGCAUCACCCUGGUCCUGGCCUGCUGCAGGCGGUGCAGGCUGAGGUGCACCUGGAGGUCCUUCACAACAGCGCAACUUCCCAGGCCUGCGCCAACCUGCUGUGGUCUCUGGCUAUUCUGGGCUUGUACGAGCAGCGGCUGGUGGAUGUGCUGG